AAAAAAGAGUCUUGGUUCUGUGGGAGACGUGAGGCUCUUGGUUUCUCAACAAUAGCCCCUCUGAUUUCCCAUGAGCCUCUGCUCUUCAUGCCGCUGUGAGCGUGUCUGUCUGAACCAACACAGAUGUUGUAUGUAAAUAUUUCGAGAUUUUAAAAGAUGUCUGAGCUGUUUAUGGAAUGUGAAGAGGAGGAGUUGGAGCCAUGGCAGAAGGCAAUUCCUGAAAUCAAUCUAAUAGAUCUGGAUGAUGAUGAAGAUGAUGAUGAACCAAUAUUUGUCGGUGAAAUCUGUAGCUCCAAGCCUGCCGCCAAUACAAGACCAGGUGCUGUUAACCAACAGAACCAGCGAAAUGUCCCGGUUCAAAAACCCUCAAUCUUGGCAUCAUCUCAAAAGAAUCCCCAAGCCCCGCCAAACCCUGCUAGGGUGGCUACAGGUCCUACACUCAUGGUCAGAGGUGCAGCUCCAUCAGGAGGCAACCCCAUCCUCAUCCCUCUCAACACAACUCUAGGACCUCCAACAGCCCCUCAACCCAUCAUCAUUAACAAUCAGGGUUACAUUGUGGCGUCACCACAGAAUCUCAACAGCAACACCUCGUUCAUCGGCUCUUUGGGGUCACAGUAUCCACCAGGAACCACUUUCACUGUUGUGCCAGCAGCUGGUCAGCAGAUAGUGCCACAGGUCAGUGCUGCACCAAAGCCAGGGGUCAUUCACAGGCCUCAAGUGCAGCUCAUCCAGGACAAUGUGGUGACCUUGUCCAACGUACAAGCCCCGGCUAAUCUUUCUCCUCAAUCCCACACUACUUCAGUCUCUCAAAACACACCAGGCGUCUCCCCAACUAUAGUUAAACAAAAAACUUUGCAACCUAUGAACAGCAGAGAUAAUGGCACAAUGAUAAAUGACAUAAACAACAAAAGAGCUGUAGAAAAUUUCUCCUACACAAAGAAAUGUCCCAAGUGUCAAGAUGUGUUUGGCUUUCAGUUUUUAAAAAGUCAUAUGAAGCUUUGCUGCCCUGAAUUGGAUUCGGUAUUCCCUUCAACAUCAAAGCCUGACAAACAAGCCGUCUCACCGAAAGUCAUUGAGACUGAAAAAGGCAAACUGAUCAUGCUGGUUUCAGACUUUUACUAUGGGAAAUGUGAAGGGGAUUCAUCUCUGAUUUCCAAGUUCAAGUCCUACACUAGCUUCAAGUGCAACAGCUGUUUAAAAAUGCUCAAGAACAAUAUCAGGUUCAUGAACCACAUGAAACAUCACCUGGAAUUGGAGAAGCAGAACAGUGAGAGCUGGGAGAGUCACACUACAUGUCAGCACUGUUACCGGCAGUAUUCAACUCCAUUUCAACUGCAAUGUCACAUAGAGAGUGCCCACAGUCCCUUUGAGUCCACCACCAACUGUAAAAUAUGUGAAUUGGCUUUCGAGACGGAGCAAGUCCUUCUAGAGCACAUGAGGGACAAUCACAAACCUGGAGAGAUGCCUUAUGCCUGUCAGGUUUGUAACUACAGGUCUUCCUUCUUCUCUGAUGUGGAUAACCAUUUCCGCACAGUUCAUGAAAACACUAAAGACCUGCUUUGUCCCUUUUGCCUGAAAGUCCUUCGCAGUGGCCACAUGUACAUGCAACACUACAUGAGACAUCAAAAAAAGGGGAUUCAAAGAUGUGGAAAGUGCAGAUUAAAUUUCCUCACCUACAAGGAAAAAGUGGAACACAAAACACACUUCCAUCGAACCUAUAGGAAGCCAAGAAAACUUGAAGGAUUGCCUCCAGGAACCAAGGUGACAAUUCGGGCCUCAGUUUCUGGUGCACCAAUGUGUUCUGAUGCUUCAAGCAAAUCCUACAUAAUACCCACAAGUCCUGAAACGGCCAAACAACCUGUCAGAACACCAGCAAACACAACUAAACCAAACAUAAAUGGAGGAAGAGCAAAGACUGCAAACCAAUUCAGCUUCAACCGAACCAUCCAUAAUAAUGAGCUUAAACGUUUGAAACUCCCAGUUGGAGGAAAUAAGUGUGUCGAGUGUCUCUCCGAGGUUAUGGACCCUUACGUUCAUUAUCCUUUAUCGCUGAAGUGCACUAUAUGCAAGUUUAGAUCAAGUUGCCAGAAGGCAUUCAAACAGCAUAUGGUCAGGUUUCACAACAGUUCUUCAAAAGUACGGUUUGGAAAAGCGAGGAAGCCUCCACGUGGGUUGCGGAGUCUAACCCUGGUGUGUCUCAAGUGUGAUUUUCUGGCAGACGCCUCUGGUGCUGACCAGAUGACCGAGCAUUUGCUUAACAGGCCGAACCACUCCUGCCAAGUCAUCAUGGAGCCAGUUGCCAAUGGAGGAUCAGAAGUAAACAGGUCACUGGAAAUCCACGAUGACUCCAAACAACUCCUUCCCAUUAAAUCAGAUUCUGAGGCUAGAGAUGAGACCGAACCCAUUGAGAUCAGUGAUGUACAAGAUAUACCAAACAAGGACAACGUAAUGGAGGAUGGAUCAGAGGUCCUUGGAGUUGACAAAAGUGAGCCAGACGAGGGGAAUGAUGACACAAUAGGGGCCACGCUCAAUGAUGUAUCAGGGGAGGAAUCACCCAAGAGCCUUUCCCCUCACUCACCCUCUGAGGCACCUGGUAGCCCCAUUUCUGCCCUCCCAGAUUGUGGCAUAACUCCCUCUGAUUUUCUUUGUAAAACUGAUGGAAUGGAGUCUGUGAACACAGACUCACAACUGGAACCUCUCACUCCUUCCAAGGUCCUUGAGGACAACACCACUGAGAACUCACAAGUGGAGAUGGAUGGUUAACUGCAACCCAUUACAAACAAGACUGAGGAUCCCUUGAAACAUCGCAAGACUCUAGAAGCAGCAGAGUUUCUCGCUGACUCGAUCUUCAUUCCCCCUUUUUUAUAUAAAAUAUACAUUAAUAGGAACAUUUUCUUGUAUCCAAAAUGAGAUGAAAUCAAUACUGUGCUAAAACAUGACUUUAAAAUCUUGUACUGUGCGAGUACAAUAUUUCUGUACUUAUGUAACGUUUGUAAAGAAGCGCCCUCUUGAUUGAAACGGAGUUGCAAAGGCAGCAAUGUGAAUGUUCUUCUAUACAUAUGAUUAUUUUCAAGUCCUUCUGUCUGUAGUUGUGGUGUCCAUUUGGACUCUACAGCGGAUCACACAAAACACAGACAUGAAACUAACGAACUUGGAGCUGAUUCCCACAUCUGCCUUUUGAAGUGGUGGUUUUCAUAGAACUUAAGAGCAAGUUCAGCAAUUUCUCAGUAUACUGUACUUAGGAAUGAUAUAAUGCGUCCUGAUAAUUUUUUUUUAGAUUGUGUUUCAUGUAUUGUUAUGUACUUGAUCUGGAUAGGACACUGCAUUGAGAAUCAUUGAGACUGAAAACAUUGUAGAAAUUCAUUUGUCUUAUUCGGUAUUAAACUUUUAUAACAUA